AUGAAUCCAUCACCAGCAGCAAUUUUAACUGGUCAUGAUAGAGAAAUAACAUGUUUAUGGAUAUCAGCUGAACUUGGUAUUGUUUUAAGUGGUAGUGAACAAAGUCUUGUACUUCAACAUACACUUAAUGGUGAUAUAUUACGUUCAUUUGAAAAUUCAUCAAAAAUAUCUACACCACGUCUAUUAUUACCAUCAAAUGAUGAUGAUAUUAUUGUUUGUUAUGAUCGCUCAAAAUUAUGUUUAUAUACAUUAAGUGGAAAAUUAAUGAGACAAGCAAUAUUUGAAGAUGAAACUAUUCAAUGUAUGGUUUUAAAGGUUGAUAGUCAAUAUACAGUUAUUGGUGGUGAUCGAGGUUUUGUACAAAUCAUUCGAACACAUGAUUUACAACCUGUUUAUGCUUAUCCACAAUGUGAUGCUAGUGACCAAAAGAAACAAUACGUGCUUGUACCUGGUGGUGCUGGUUUUAUUGGUAGUCAUUGUGUUAUUGAAUUGAUUACAGCUGGUUAUGCACCAAUUGUAGUAGAUAAUGAACAUAAUUCAUCAGCAGAAUGUUUAAAACGUGUUGAACAAAUUACUGGAUGUCAAAUAAUUAAUUAUAAAAUUGAUUGUCUUGAUCUUGAAAAUUUACGAAAUAUUUUUAAAAAAUAUUUAAUUUAUGCAAUAAUUAAUUGUGCUGCACUUAAAUCAGUUGGUGAAUCAGUACAAAAAUCAAUUUUAUAUUAUAAAAAUAAUAUUGGUUGUUUACUUAAUUUACUUACAUGUAUGGAAGAAUUUAAUGUUAAAAAUUUUCUUUUUUCAUCAUCAGCUACUGUCUAUGGUACACCUAAAUAUUUACCACUUGAUGAAAAACAUCCAUGUAUUGGUGAUGCUAUUACUAAUCCAUAUGGUAAAAGUAAAUAUAUAUGCGAACAUAUUCUUAAAGAUACAAUAGUUGCUCAUCCUGAAUGGAAUAUCAUUCUUUUACGUUAUUUUAAUCCUGUUGGUGCUCAUAAAACAGGUUUAAUUGGUAAAGAUCCUAUUGGUAAAUCAAAUAAUCUUAUGCCAUACAUUGCACAAAUAGCUGUUGGUCGUUUACCAUAUGGUAAUAUUUUUGGUACUCAUUAUGAUACUUCAGAUGGUACAGGUGUUCGAGAUUAUAUACAUGUUGUUGAUGUAGCUAUAGGUCAUAUUGCAGCAAUGAAACAAUUUGAAAUGAAUUGUGGUUUAAAAGUUAGUUAUUCUGUAUUAGAAAUGAUUAAAGCAUUAGAAAAAGUAUCAGGCAAAAUAAUAUCUUAUAGAGAAUGUUCUCGACGUCCAGGUGAUCUUGCAACUGUUUAUGCUGAUUCAACAUUAGCAGCUCAAGAACUUGGAUGGACAGCUCAACGAAAUUUAGAUGAAAUGUGCGAAGAUUUAUGGCGUUGGUAA